GUGUAGCUGAAUGCGGACCGUGAAGGCAGCAUUAAUGUGUCACAUGACAGGCAGCCUCUCCGACUGAGCAGAGACCACAGGCAGAGACACAUCAAAUAAUCAUGCCCACCUCGCAGUCUCCCCAGGACGAACAGGAGAAGCUUCUGGAUGAAGCGGUGCAGGCUGUGAAGGUCCAGUCCUUCCAGAUGAAGCGAUGCCUGGACAAGAACAAGCUGAUGGAUGCCCUGAAGCACGCCUCCAACAUGCUUGGGGAGCUCCGGACCUCCAUGCUGUCUCCAAAGAGCUACUAUGAGCUCUACAUGGCUAUCUCUGAUGAACUGCACUACCUGGAAGUGUAUCUGACUGAUGAGUUUGCCAAAGGACGUAAGGUGGCAGAUCUGUAUGAGCUGGUGCAGUACGCAGGCAACAUCAUCCCCAGACUCUACCUGCUCAUCACUGUGGGGGUGGUGUACGUGCGCUCCUUCCCUCAGUCCCGUAAGGACAUCCUGAAGGACCUGGUGGAGAUGUGCCGGGGGGUCCAGCACCCUCUCAGGGGCCUCUUCCUCAGAAACUACCUCCUGCAGUGCACCCGCAACAUCCUGCCAGACGAUGGAGAGCAGCCAGAGGGAACAGAGGAGAUGACUGGUGACAUCAACGACUCCAUCGACUUUGUCCUGCUCAACUUUGCUGAGAUGAACAAGCUGUGGGUGAGGAUGCAGCACCAGGGACACAGCCGAGACCGAGAGAAGAGGGAGAAGGAGCGGCAGGAGCUGAGGAUCCUGGUGGGAACCAACCUGGUGCGCCUCAGCCAGCUGGAGGGGGUCAACGUGGAGAAGUACAAACAGAUUGUUCUCUCAGGAGUGCUGGAGCAGGUGGUAAACUGCAGAGACUCUCUGGCUCAGGAGUAUCUCAUGGAGUGCAUCAUUCAGGUUUUCCCAGACGAGUUCCACCUUCAGACCCUCAACCCCUUCCUGCGCUCCUGUGCUGAUCUCCACCAACACGUCAACGUCAAGAACAUCAUCAUUGCCCUCAUUGACAGACUGGCUCUGUUCGCUCAUCGAGAAGACGGGCCCGGCAUUCCAGCUGAGAUCAAACUGUUCGACAUCUUCUCUCAACAAGUAGCCACCGUCAUUCAAUCUCGCCAGGACAUGCCCUCAGAGGACGUGGUCUCUCUGCAGGUUUCUCUCAUCAACCUGGCCAUGAAGUGCUACCCUGACCGUGUGGACUACGUAGACAAAGUCCUGGAGAGUACUGUGGAGAUCUUCAACAAGCUCAACCUGGAACACAUAGCGACUAGCAGCGCAGUGUCCAAGGAGCUGACCCGCCUGCUGAAGAUCCCGGUAGACACCUACAAUAACGUCCUGACGGUGCUGCAGCUCAAACACUUCCCUCCGCUCUUCGAGUACUUCGACUUCGAGUCACGCAAGAGCAUGAGCUGCUACGUGCUGAGCAACACGCUGGACUACAACACCACCAUCCUGGCCCAGGAGCAGGUGGACGCCAUCCUGUCCCUGGUAUCCACACUGAUCCAGGACCAGCCGGACCAACCCGCUGAUGACCCUGACCCAGAGGACUUUGCUGAGGAGCAAAGCCUUGUGGGACGUUUCAUCCACCUGCUCAAAUCUGAGGAUCCGGAUCAACAGUACCUGAUCCUGAACACAGCCCGGAAACACUUUGGUGCGGGGGGGAACCUGCGGAUCCGCUACACACUGCCCCCCCUGGUGUUCGCUCCCUACCAGCUGGCCUUCAGAUACAAGGAGAACUCCUCAUCGGAUGACAAGUGGGAGAAGAAGUGUCAGAAGAUCUUCUCGUUCGCACAUCAGACCAUCAGUGCUCUUAUCAAAGCGGAGCUGGCGGAGCUGCCUCUGCGCCUCUUCCUGCAGGGGGCGCUGGCCGCAGGGGAGAUCGGCUUUGAGAACCACGAGACUGUAGCUUAUGAGUUCAUGUCCCAGGUACAGUGUUUCAUAAGACUCAGGCCUGUAAAAUGUACCGGGUUUAAGAACGCCUGAAGACUGUGACUCCUCUAAUUAUAAAUGUGUUUCUGUUAUACUCAUGGAUUCAUGUACAAUUUCAAAGUAAAAUAUGUAUGGAAUGGGGGAAAGGUACAGGUGAUGACUUUGAUUUUAUAAAAAGGAAGCGCUGAGCAUCUUGAGUGUACUAUUAAAAGAAGAAACCAAGACCUAAAAACUAUUUAGGUUCAGGUUAUUUAUUUGUACCUGUAGGUAGAUUUGUUUUGCAGAUAAAAGUCCACCG